AACCUUCGGUUUGGCCACGCCCCGUCAAAAAAGUAUAAAUAAGACCGGCUGCUCUUCCGCUCUUCAGUCCUGCCUUCAGCAACCGAUUCUUCAACGUCGGGUCGAAGGAGAAAACAGCACAAAAAUGCGUGAGUGUAUUUCAAUGCACGUCGGCCAGGCCGGAGCCCAAAUGGGCAAUGCAUGCUGGGAGCUGUACUGCCUGGAGCACGGCAUCCAGCCGGACGGUCAAAUGCCCAGUGACAAAACUAUCGGAGGAGGCGACGACUCCUUCAACACCUUCUUCAGUGAGACUGGCGCUGGCAAACAUGUUCCCAGAGCAAUCUUUGUGGACUUGGAGCCGACAGUCAUCGAUGAAGUCCGUACAGGAACCUACCGCCAGCUUUUCCACCCCGAGCAGCUCAUCACUGGAAAGGAAGAUGCAGCCAACAACUAUGCCCGUGGUCACUACACAGUGGGUAAAGAGAUCAUUGACCUGGUUCUUGACAGGACUCGCAAACUGGCUGACCAGUGCACAGGGCUGCAGGGUUUCCUCAUCUUCCACUCAUUCGGCGGAGGAACCGGCUCCGGUUUCACCUCUCUGCUCAUGGAGCGUCUCUCCGUUGACUACGGCAAGAAGUCUAAGUUGGAGUUUGCAGUUUACCCAGCUCCUCAAGUGUCCACAGCCGUGGUGGAGCCCUACAACUCCAUCCUGACCACCCACACCACCCUGGAGCACUCCGACUGUGCCUUCAUGGUGGACAACGAAGCCAUCUAUGACAUCUGCCGCAGGAACCUGGACAUUGAGCGUCCCACCUACACCAACCUCAACAGGCUGAUUGGUCAGAUUGUCUCCUCCAUCACCGCUUCCCUUCGCUUCGACGGAGCCUUGAACGUGGACCUGACAGAGUUCCAGACCAACCUGGUGCCCUACCCUCGCAUCCACUUCCCUCUGGCCACCUAUGCCCCUGUUAUCUCAGCAGAGAAGGCCUAUCACGAGCAGCUCACCGUGGCUGAUAUCACCAAUGCCUGUUUUGAGCCAGCCAAUCAGAUGGUGAAGUGUGACCCUCGCCAUGGAAAGUACAUGGCCUGCUGCCUCCUGUACCGUGGUGAUGUGGUGCCCAAAGAUGUCAAUUCAGCCAUUGCCACCAUCAAGACAAAGCGCAGCAUUCAGUUUGUGGACUGGUGUCCUACAGGCUUCAAGGUGGGCAUCAACUACCAGCCCCCCACUGUGGUUCCUGGAGGAGACCUGGCCAAGGUGCAGAGAGCCGUGUGCAUGCUGAGCAACACCACCGCCAUCGCAGAGGCCUGGGCUCGACUUGACCACAAGUUCGAUCUGAUGUACGCCAAGAGGGCCUUCGUCCACUGGUAUGUGGGAGAGGGAAUGGAGGAGGGAGAGUUCUCAGAGGCCAGAGAGGACAUGGCUGCCCUGGAGAAGGAUUAUGAGGAGGUGGGAACCGACAGUGUUGGAGAGGAGGACGAGGGCGAGGAGUACUAGGCUGCUGGAAGGUCCAUCUGCUGAUUGCUGUAGACCAGUGUUUGCAAAGCAAUAUUGGACUUGUACCUUAAGUUCUGCACAUUCCAGCCAGCAAUGCAUUUGUUCCAAAUAAAACCAUGAUAAUAAAGUUA